CUGUUAGAUCUCAUGCAUUUGAAGUGAUGUCUGGACUGCAGAUCAUCUCAUUCAUUAUCAUCAUCAGCUCUGUGUUACUACAAACUCACUCAGCUGAUGAUGAUACUUACUCAGCUGUACUUCCACACACAGUAACAGCUCUGACAGACUCUUGUGUGCUGAUACCCUGCACAUUCAAUAUCAGUACAUUUGAGGAAAAAUUGCAGAAAACAAAACAGAUUUAUGGGAUUUGGCUGAAAAAGAGACACGACUUUAGGAAUGACAAGAGUUCAGUAGUGUUUAACAGCAGUCAAAACAUCAUUCAAGGAUUCAGACACAUAGAGAUGAUUGGAAACCUCACUGAGAGAAACUGCAGCACUGUCUUCUAUAACAUCAUGAUGAAUCAUUCAGACCCGUAUUACUUCAGACUAGAAAUGGAGCCAGAUGUGUUCAAAGCAACAUUUAACACCAAUAAACUUGAUGCAAGUGAUUCAAGCAAGACUGUGAAGAUCAAUGUCAUCGAUUCACCACAACCUCCUGAGCUUAUAUCCAGUCCAGAUGUGUCUAAAUAUGUGAUGGAGGGCACUGCAGUGAAUCUGAUCUGCUCUGCUGAAGCUCCCUGCCCCAAACAACCUCCUACAUUGUCCUGGACUUACAUCCCCAAAUCUGCCAACAUUAUAACACAAUUACAGGAGAAACCUGAUAAAACUCAUUCAGUGAAUUCAACAAUGACCUUCAAUGCUUCAUACAUGGAUCACAAGAUGAACAUCUCCUGCACUGCAACAUAUCCAAGAAACAUCUCCAAUAACACAACUGUGAACAGCACAGUAAUGCUACAAGUAAUGUUUCCUCCAAAAGAGACUCAUAUAAUUAUUAAACCAUCUGCUUCAGUCACUGUGGGCACUAAUGUAACUUUCACCUGCAAAAUCAAAGCAAGUCCAUCAGAUAACAUGAAGUACACCUGGUACAAACGUGGACAGAAGACACCUUUAGCACUUGAAAAGAAGAUGAGCUUCAUUGUAACUCAUAAUAAUACAGGAUGGUAUUUCUGCACAGCACUGAAUAAACAUGGCAACCAAUCAUCAGAAGAGAUUCAACUGUUAAUCACAGGAUCCUUUAAAGCUGUGAUUUAUGGCUGUAUAGGAGGACUUUUGGCUUUGCUUGUGAUUUCUGCAGUAUUUUAUUAUAUGAGGACAAAAACCAAAGACCAAAGACAAAGUCAGACCAAUACCAGAAGAAAAGACCAGACCGCAGAUAAAAAUGAAGACAUGCUGGAUAUCUCUUCUAACAAUGCUAUUGAGAUCAACACGAAGAAUGAAAUGUCUGUGAAAGAAACUGAUGAUGUCCACUAUGAAGAGAUUGACUUCUCCAAACCACACACCGAUCACAUAAACAAGAAAAACACAGAGACAGAGUAUGUUGAGAUUCAAGAGUCAGAGAGAAAGAAACAAAUCAAGAGUGUUCAGAAACAAGAGGAACUCUACACUCUGGUCAAGAUAAACUGAUGCGUUUGUCAAUUAAUAACAUUGUACAAUUACCCAGAUGAAUAAGAACUUUUACAUUUUGAUGUAACAACAACGUGUAAUAUUGGUUAUGAAUCUGCACAAUCUUUGGAAAUACCACAGUGACUGUUUUUACAAAUUGUGUUUUUUUAUGGCUGUUAGGUUUAGUAUAUCAAUCAUGGACAGUUUUAUACCUAAAGCAAUUGCGUAUAAUUCAUAACAUAAACACCUCUGUUAAAUCUUGACCACUAACAGAGUUCAAAGAUAACCAAUGUGUAGCGGACUGGUUAUAGAUGUAUUUUUCACUGAUACAAAAUGUCUCUGUGAGUGUAUGUAGUUUUACCCCAUUGUGUGUUUUAUUUUCCCUUGUAUUGUUUAAAUAAAAGUCUUAGU